GAUGAUGCUAAAAGAGGAGAUUCAAGAUCCGAAAGAAACAGAAGAGAAAGAUCAGUUUGAAAAACAUUAUUUCACAACUGGAGAAAAAUCAUUAAGUUGCUCACAGACUGAAAAGACUUCACCAAAAAGUGCUCAAAAGACAGCAAAUAGAAGUUAUUUCACCUGCCAACAGUGUGGAAAGAGUUUCACUCAAAAAGGAAAUCUUAAAUGUCACAUGAGAAUUCACACCGGAGAGAAGCCUUUCACAUGUCCACAGUGUGGAAAGAGUUUCACACAUCAAGGAACCCUUUAUACACAUAUGAAAGUUCACACUGGAGAGAGCCCGUACACCUGCAAACUGUGUGGAAAAACCUUGAAUCGAAAAGGAAAUCUUAACACUCACAUGAGAGUUCACACUGGAGAGAAACCUUUCACAUGUGAUAAGUGUGGAAAAUGUUUCACACGUAAAGAGAGCCUUAAUAACCACGUGAGGGUUCAUCUAAAAGAUAGCUGUUGUAUAUGCCGUCAGUGUGGAAGAAGUUUCACAGACAAGAAACAGCUUAAGAGGCACGUGAAAACUCACUCUGGAGAGAAGUCUUACAUGUGCCAUUACUGUGGAAUGAGUUGCGCAAACAACACAAACCUUGAAGUCCAUGUGAGAGGUCACACUGGAGAGAAGCCUUACAGCUGCCAACAGUGUGGAAAGACUUUCAAUCGAAAAGAAAGUCUUAAGACUCAUAUGAGAAGUCACACUGGAGAGAAGCCUUUCACCUGCAAACUGUGUGGAAAGAGUUUUACACAUAAAGGAUCCUGUUAUAGCCACAUGAAAGUUCACACUGGAGGGAAGCGUUUCACCUAUCUUUAGUGUGAAGAGAUUCGGCAUCAAAUAGAUCUGAAAAGUCAUUUGCAGACUAGUUUAAGCAGUGUUUU